CUGAAGUGUCAAAGCCAUCGUUGAAGCCAUUGACCUUUCCACGGUGUCUCUCCGAUCGUAUACAGCUACCAUGGCUCUCCGACUAUCUACAGCGAGGCCACUCGCAUCAGCUGUGCGCUCUGCCUCGACGCGGACAGCCGCGAGGGCGUUUACGGCGUCGGCCUCACAAUCUAAAGAACUCGCUGCCAACGCCAAAGACCUUGAAAACAUGAGGUUCGCCCCUCGACCCGCGACAACCCAACUCAAAGUCCCAGUCCUCAACCCGGUCGACAAAUACGCCUCCACCAACGCCCAGCUCCACACGUACGGCCAAUAUCUUCUCUCCUGCCUGCCCGCCUACAUUCAACAAUUUAGCGUGUGGAAAGACGAGCUGACGCUCUACAUCCCGCCGCAAGCUGUCAUUCCGACAUUUCAAUUUCUCAAGAACCAUACCCAGUGCGAGUAUACCCAGAUCAGCGACAUCACGGCCGUGGACUACCCUACCAAAGACCAGCGCUUUGAAGUCGUCUACAACAUGCUAUCUGUGCGACACAACAGCCGCAUCCGCGUCAAGACGUACGCGGACGAAUCGACCCCGGUACCCUCACUCUGUGGCUUGUACGAUGGCGCGAACUGGUAUGAGCGCGAGGUCUACGAUCUCUUUGGCGUUUUCUUCUCGGGGCACCCGGAUCUGCGGCGUAUCAUGACGGAUUACGGUUUCGAUGGGCAUCCGCUGCGCAAAGACUUCCCGAUGACUGGAUAUACGGAAAUUCGCUGGGAUGAGGAGAAGAAGAGGAUAGUAGUUGAACCGCUCGAAAUGACACAGGCGUACCGCAACUUCCGUGGUGGUUCAACGGCUUGGGAACCUGUAGGGCCGGGCGAGGACAGGAAACCCGAUGCAUUCAAGCUGCCUACGCCUAAGCCGGAGCCCCCCAAGGAAGAAGAGAAGAAGAAGUAGAUUGGCACAUGUAAGACAGGGGUUGUAUAUAAAUGUAUACCAGAUUCAACGUGCAUUUCAUAUGUCUAAGGUUCGCUUCUUACUGCUCUAAAAUCUAUCGUGAAGCCUUUGUACGUUUCAACUCGCGCAGCGGCGCAGUAGAUAGACACGCAUAUCCCACCAGUAUACCUCUG